AAAAAUACAUGAGAGUUAAGGGGGCAGUACCCAGUACCCCGAACAAAGCAAGAGCAACUGGGGGCAUGAGCCCGGCCAUUCCUCCUCGCAACAACGAAUCAGUUCGUCAAAAAAGAGAGAGAGGCAAAGGAAAAGGAGGAGGAUAACAGCAUGCUCACCUGGUGCUAAACUAUGUUUCGAAGUCGUUGGAGUUGGAUAUCAAAGUGCUGGGAAGUAGUUGAAAUAUCUAGAAUUUUAACAAAAGAUUGAGCUUGAUUUCAAUCGGUUAGUAAUUUAGGGGUGGGUGGUGGGCCACCCCGUCUACCCCCUGUUCGGCCCCUCUAGAUAGUCGCGCACACCCAGUGUGCGGGUGGACCUCCGAAUUGAUCUGGGUGUCGGGGGAUGGGCUGGGCACAAGCCCUUCCGGCCUAAAUUAUAGUUAAAAAAUUGGCCGGUGGAUCCCCUGAUCCUCUGUGUCCCAAAUUUUAAUUGGGAACAAGGACAAGCAUGUAAAAUAGGAUUGAACACGUGUCUCUUAUCUUUUAAAUCCAGAAUCUAAUAUAGAAGGCUUCCGGAGAUGGUACUGUACAGUCGGUACUUAAGAGACCUCAAGUGGCCUCUGAAAAAUGCUUCUGAGGACAAUGUUGGCAAACUUGGGAGGAUCGGCAGUGCUAUCCGGGCCUUCCGUUUUGCCCUUUUUCCUCCAACCAAGCAUCUCUACCUGCAGAGUUUGCAUUCGGACUGCCAUUAUUGGGGCUCCAAAACUGAAUAACCAACGAGUUUUGAGCACUCCGUGCGCUGCGAGGAGGAGAGUGAGAUAUGACGAUGAAGAAGAAGACGUCGACGGAGAUGAAGAAUACGGGCACAAAGAGGAGAUUGCGAUGUUGGAAUUAUAUAGCCAGUCUGCUAUGGGAGAAGCGCUUAUUGUGCAUGCAAUGGUGGAUGAGGAGGAAGUGGAGGUGCUCAUCUUCAAGGGAUUCUCUUCAUGCUUGAGCGGUAGAACCCCACCAGAUCCAUCAAGAAGUGUUCUUCCUGCUAGGGCAGUGAUAAAAUCCAUAGACAUAAUUAAAGGACCUUUCGACCCUUCUAAUACAGAGUACAUUCGGAAAGGUCUAACAUGGGAAGCAUUUAAGACCAGUCUCCUAGCCACUUAAACCUGUGGAAGGUUCUGAGUAUCUUUAAGAAACACCAAUGCGAUCUUUGUCGCAAUCCUUACACUUCCAAUCUCCAAUAUUAGAUGCAGUUGAUUAUUAGCCUUGUGAAAUCAUUACACUGUUCCUUUGAAUCUUAUCACCAUUUUGACAUAAAGAAGCAAAAGAUGGGAAUCUUGCUAAAGCUAUUUAAAAUUUAUUAUGUUUUAAACAAGCAUGGUUCUUGCUAAACUAAAAGUAGGGAGAAGCUAAUUUUGACUGCUUGCCACAUUUUUUAUUGAGUUCCUUAAGGAAAGAUGAAUGCUUCUGCUUAUGAAUUUGGAAAGCAAGAAAGACUAAUUCCAGCUAUUUAUAAGUUUGAAGUUGCUUUGCUUAAGUCCCUAACAUGCCUACCUUAAGUGUGAGAACAAGAGGAUCAGAUAGUAUAUCCAUUGGAUAUUCAAUGACAUGCAUGCGGAUUCCGAUAUCUGAAAACAUCUGCCCUCACCCCAUGUUGAAUCUAUACAUGUAUUCUUUUAACAUAUUCUAACCUUCAAGCAGAAAUGUAAAUUAGUAAGGUGGAUUUUCUCUUUGGCAUAACUUGUUUAUAAGUAAAAGUUACAUAGAAGCAAGGAUACAAGUGGAGAGCUAUUGAUCAAGGUGGUUUGAAGAUGGAUGAGUGGUUGAAGGUGGAGUAGAUGGUAUGGGAAUGUUGCCACAAAUGAAAUUGGCAGCAACCCAUUUGCAAGAUUGUGUGCAAUGAAAUUGACAAUUCCGUGAAUCUAGACAACUUGCCAUGAUGUCUUUGAGGAGCCACAAGAUGUCACUUUCUUUCUAGCUCAAGUAAGCUAGAAACCAAGAACUCAAAUUGUAACCUUGACCUAUUGUGUUUAUUAUGCACUUAUGACUUUAUCGAUU